AUGUCUGCGCCCAUUCGCACCACGGUCCUCAUCUCGGGCAAUGGUUCCAACCUGCAGGCGGUAAUCGAUCAAGUCGCGGCGGGCACUCUCAACGCCAACAUCAUCCGUGUCCUCUCCAACCGCAAAGAUGCCUUCGGCCUCGAGCGUGCCCAGAAAGCGAACAUUCCUACCGAAUACCACAACCUUGUCAAGUACAAGAAGCAGCACCCUGCGACGCCUGAGGGUGUUCAGGCCGCGCGCGAGGAGUACGAUGCCGAACUGGCUCGCUUGAUCCUCGCCGAUCAGCCUGAGCUAGUUAUCUGUCUUGGGUUCAUGCACAUCCUUUCACCAGAAUUUCUCAGGCCACUGGAGGAGGCCAAUGUGCGCAUAAUCAAUUUGCAUCCAGCGCUGCCAGGCGCUUUUAAUGGUGUGAACGCGAUUGAGCGCGCUCAUGCCGCUUGGAUGGAAGGCAAGAUCGACAAAACCGGCGUCAUGAUCCACGACGUCAUCUCCGAGGUGGACAUGGGUCACCCCAUUCUGGUUCGGGAGAUUCCCUUCCGAAAGGGCCAGGAUGAAGAUCUGGAGGCGUUUGGGAAGCGAGUUCACGAAACGGAAUGGGUCACCGUUAUUGAGGGAGUGGGCAUGGUGCUGAAGGAGCUGGCAGCUCGGAAAUCAGCCUAA